AUGAAGAAAAAUGAAAUUGAAUUUCAAGACAAUUCUAUAUCAAUAAAGACAAAGCCUCUUUUAGAUAGAAAAUAAAGUUAAGAUAAAAAAGGAGAGAAUAAAAAAUCAUCUUUUUAUGAUGGGGCUUUAAGUUAAUUGAAAAAAUCUAUACUUGAAGCAAGUUAACAUUAAUAGUUCGAUAAACAUGUAAAAAUUAAAUAUUAUUAUAGCCUUCUCUAUAAGAAUUGUAUGAUUCUUUAGCCUUAAUGAGUCCCUAAUAAAAGUGCCAUCAACUUUUAAAAUCUGUAUAAGAAUAGGAAGUCUAAGAAAUAUAAGCUAUUUUAGAUCAUUUUAAUACAAUAUCUCCUAAGCCAAAAAUAAGAGAAAUUUAUGAUUAAAAAUAAUAGACUAUUCUUCAUAUAUCAUGCUUUAAGAACUUACCAACUGCUGUUGAAUAAAUCUUAAUCUAUGAAAAGGAUAAUUCAAAAAUUGAGGAAUUCAAUACAUGGAUAAAUUUAAAAAAUAAAGAUUCAUUUACAGGUGUUCAUUUUGCUGCAUAUGUUGGAUCAUUAGAAACCUUAGAAAUUUUAAAAAAAUUUGGAGCAGAUCUAAAAGUCAAAAAUGAUUAAGGUCAAAAUGCUCUUUCUAUAGCAGCUUAAGGAGAUUAAGUAUCAGCUAUGGUUUGGCUUUAUUUGUAAGGAUUGUCCUAUACUGAAAAAGAUGAAAAAGGAGGAACUCCUUUACAUUGGGCUACUUAUUAUGGAAGUGAGUUUGCAGUUUAAUUUUUGUUAAGUUGGUUAUAAAAAACAAAGGAAGGCAAAAAAAUAAUAAAUUAGUAAGAUACUGAAGGAAUGACACCUUUACAUUUAGCAGCUAUGACAGGAAAUCAAAGAAUAGCUAAAAAAUUACUUUAUAAAGGAAGUUAAAAAAAUAUUAGGGACAAAAGGAAUUAAACACCAGCCUAAACGGCAUUAGAAAAUGAAUACGAAAUAAUCUAUAAAAUAUUGGAAACAAAUAAUUGUCUACUUGAAUUCUUAAAUAUUCGAACAAGGUAAAUGCUAAGUUCACUCUUAUUAGUUAUAAACCUGCCUCAAUCAGUUGGAGUUAGAUUUGUUCAUUUUUUAUUAUUUAUUUCUAUUGCAUGAUUGGUUCGGUAUUAUUUGUUUAUCCAUUUUUUAAUAAAGAUGAAUGGUUACAAUAUUUGUCUAUUGCAUCAUUUUUAAUAGGAUUGAUUUUUUACUUUCUGACAAUGUUUAUCAAUCCAGGUUAUGUUUAAAAAAAUGAUGAUUCAAGAAAAUUGUUUUAACUUCUCACUUAAUAUGAACCUUGGGAAUUAUGCCCUGAAUGUUAAAUACACAAACCCUAAAGAUCUAGACAUUGUGAGUUUUGUUCAAGAUGUGUUAUUGUUUAUGAUCAUCAUUGUCCAUGGUUAAAUAAUUGUGUAAAUAUUUAUAUUUUUAAUUAAGAUAGGAGCUAAAAAUUAUCCAUUUUUUAUUUGUUUUAUUGUGACCAUCUUUAUAAACUUAAUUCAUCUUAUUAUAUUGAAUGCUAUUUUUUUAGCGGAUAAUUACAGAAGUUGUAAUAAUUGCUUACCUAAUCCGCAUUAUCCAUGGUUCAAUAAUAUUAAUAACCUAGAAGCAUUGGAUAUCUCAAAAAUAUGUAUUUAAGCAUCAAUUUUGAUAUUAUGCGCAUUGUUUCUAUUUCCACUGUCAUAUUUAAUCUAUGUUUAAAUGGAUAAUUUAUUUAGAAACAUCACUACUUUCGAAAAAUAUAGAUAAGAAGAAUAAACCAAUGUCUAAGGUUCCAAAGAUAAAAAAAGUUAAUAAACUAUUGAGUAAUUACAACCAUUUAUUUUAGCUCUACUUCUACAGUUAAAUCCUUAGAAUCACACAAUUUAUAAUGUUCUAAUUGCAUAAAAAUGUGUUGUAAAAAUUCAAAAAAUACUUAAUAUCAAAUAUGAC